AUGAAUUAUAAAGUAAUAUUAUCUCAAGUUUUUCUUUUAUUAUUAACAAAAUCACAAUUUUAUGAAGCAUUAUUAUGUAAUGGUUUUAAUGUAGUCGGUGAUACAUGCUGUGGUAGUCAAGGCUAUUAUACAUCAACAUCUACCUGUUGUCUUGGUGUUAUCAAAGCCGGCAAUGCAUGCUGUGGUAGUCAAGGCUAUUAUACAUCAACAUCUACCUGUUGUAAUGGUGUUAUUUUGCCCGGCAAUGCAUGCUGUGGUAGUCAAGCCUAUUAUACAUCAACAUCUACCUGUUGUCUUGGUGUUAUCAAACCCGGUAAUGCAUGCUGUGGUAGUCAAGGCUAUUCCACAUCAACAUCUACCUGUUGUAAUGGUGUUAUUUUGCCCGGUACUGCAUGCUGUGGUAGUCAAGCCUAUUAUACAUCAACAUCUACCUGUUGUCUUGGUGUUAUCAAACCCGGUAAUGCAUGCUGUGGUAGUCAAGGCUAUUAUACAUCAACAUCUACCUGUUGUAAUGGUGUUAUUUUGCCCGGCACUGCAUGCUGUGGUAGUCAAGCCUAUUAUACAUCAUCAUCUGCCUGUUGUCUUGGUGUUAUCAAACCCGGUAAUGCAUGCUGUGGUAGUCAAGGCUAUUCUACAUCAACAUCUACCUGUUGUAAUGGUGUUAUUUUGCCCGGCAAUGCAUGCUGUGGUAGUCAAGCCUAUUAUACAUCAACAUCUACUUGUUGUAAUGGUGUUAUUUUGCCCGGCAAUGCAUGCUGUGGUACUCAAGCCUAUUAUACAUCAUCAUCUGCCUGUUGUCUUGGUGUUAUCAGACCCGGUAAUGCAUGCUGUGGUACUCAAGGCUAUUAUACAUCAACAUCUACCUGUUGUAAUGGUGUUAUUUUAGCCGGUAAUGCUUGCUGUGGUAGUCAAGCCUAUUAUAAAUCAACAUCUACCUGUUGUAAUGGUGUUAUUUUAGCCGGUAAUGCAUGCUGUGGUAGUCAAGCCUAUUAUACAUCAUCACAAGUCUGUUGUAAUGGUAUUCUUAAAGCCGGUAGUGUAUGCUGA